ACUGUUGCAGAUUCGAAGAUGAAGUGGCCAUUAGUGCUGACUUGCUUUCUGCUGCCGCAUUCGUGCAUCCUUGGUGCAUCGCAUGCCGGUUGCGAGUUCCCGGCGCAGUGGAACGGCCACUGGUUUCAAUCGGGCAACGAGGGACUGGUGACGGUGAACGGGUCCAUGAUGACCAGCAAGGGCCGCUGCAUCGAGACCAAAGACGACAAGUUCCUCAUUCAGGACACAGAGGACAAUUGCUAUCGCUGUAUCGUCAUGCACAUGAAGCAUCCGAAUGUUCUUCAGUAUAAAGAAACUUAUUGCAUCACGGAGACACCGAAGCCAACUCUGCCCUAUAUAUGCAGCGAAUUGAGGAGCGACGCCAUAUUAAUUUCCCUGUUCCGCACGGGGGCAGCACCGAUGCCCUGUCCGUUCAAGGGACCCCUAGAAUUUACGUACAGUCACGGCGAGGGAGAAUGCAAGUCGCCGUUGUCAGCGGCAGAAACCUGCACGCAGGAAUCACGGUUACUUUUACGCUAUCAGGCGUGCGCCAACGUGCUGUCUUCUGAAAGCGUUGACGUGGAGCUAGAGUGCCUGGCCACGUGGAAAGAGAGCAGCACGCACAAUCUCGUGGCAAGGUUGCACGCGCCGCGAAAAACCAGCGACGAGGACAGCUACAGAUGCUUCAUCUACGAACAAACGUCGAACAAUUCGUGGAAUUUGGCGCAGAGCGAGGAUGCCUCCUGCACGGGCUUGAUCAGCGUCAAGGAGGCUGCCAAAACGUUCAAGAUGAAGCAGAAAAAUUCCACCGAACGUUGCUCGUACCCAUCGUGGGUGGUGGAUAACAAACUGUGGGUUGCCCUGGAUCCAAUAGGGUCCCGAUUACAGGCGUCACCUUACAACCUGACGAUCGUCAAUAGACAGGAGACUCGUCUCGUCUGUCACUCUGUGGUCCCCCUCAACGAUCGUCAUGAGCAUCCCGAUAGAGAGAACCAAGUGCAGUACGUCGCCAAGGCUACCCUCGAUUGUACGAAUGGCUACGUGUGCCUGAUGUUUCACAGAAGGGAUAGCCACAUAAUAGAGCUGCAACUGUCGGAAUGGAGCCAACAACCAGACGACGUGUGCAACUCGAGUACGUUCAACUCCCACUCGACGCCGUACACGACGUUCAUUACCCCAGACCCGAUUACCAGGCAGUGCCCAAACCUCGGCCGCUAUGAAAUCGUGUCGGUGCUGCACAAUCACAACAGUGACAAAGCGGAGGACAUAUUGGGCGUGGAUGGUGAACCGAUGGCGAACGCUGCCGAGGUUCAAGACGUCAGGGUCACGUCGACACCUAAUCCAGGACGAUGCCGCUACGGGAGUGUUCGCCGAUUGGAUAUCGGUUGCAAGACACCGGAUCGUAUGGAGUUCGCCACGUCGUGCAGCGACGAAACACCAGCGGAAUAUUCAUGUCACGGAACCUGGAUCGAAAAUGACACAGCCUAUUUGGUGGCGAGCACCGAGAAGGGACGAUACUGUCUCGUUUACAGUGCAUCCGCAGCGGCGACAGGAAGUCGCGAGCUCUCGGUGACGGGACAUCUUGCUUCCUGUCCGAGGGCCUCUCAUCGUCAUGUGGUAUCGUGGCAGGUCAACCUCACGUCCUAUGCGCAAUGCGGCGACAUCUCGACGGCCACAUCGUGGACUUUCCGGAUUUCCGCCUCGGUUUACAUCGUUGCGGUGCUGGGCACCUUGUUCGGCAGGUAUAUCGCGAGGUGAUACCACUGAGUGAAGAAACUAGGCCACGUGACGGCCGUGUAGCACCAACCUACACAAAACUCGAGUCGUCGGCACCACUAACUACGAAACAACAACAGCGACAACAACAACAACAACAACAACAACAACAACAACAACAACCGCAACAAAAGAAGUCUCUAUAUAAAUAUAAAUAUAAAUAUAUAAAUACAAAAUUGAAAAAUAUAUAUAUAUAAAUACAAAGUAUAUAUAUAUAUAUUAAGCGGAACGAUUAAGGGAAGAAAAGAAGAAGAUGAUGAUCCAGAAGGAUCCCGUGUGAGAACGUCGUAUCGGGAGAAAGUAACCUAACUAAUCAAGCAUAAGUAGCGUGUAAGUGUCCGUGGGUGCGAGUCGUGCGGAGAAGAGAGAAAUUGGAGAGGAGAGAGAGAGAAAGAGAGAGAGAGAGAGAGAGAGAGAGAGAGAAAUGGAGAGAAGUUUCGAUAGAGAACCUAGUCAUAGCUUGGAACAUGGCGGAUCGUUAGAUCAGACUUUCGAUGUACAUAGGGACAUGUGUAUAAAAAUUCAACUUGUAAGGAGGCUUGCGUUUCAUUGGAGUAGCUGCUUCUGGAGGUAUAUAUUGUCUUCUUUCAAGGAUCAGGGAGAAUUGGACCCUUUUACAGGCGAGUAUUUUACAGUCUUUUUCAUGGGCUGAUUUCGGUGAUUGGAUCCUGGAAGAUUUUUUUUUUAAUUUUUUUCUUUCCUUUUGUCGAUAGUUUCGUUUAUUUGUAGAUUUUGUACUUCUAUUGUUGGGUUAUUCAUACUGUAUUGUUUAUAAACUGAGAAAAUAGUUAUUAAUAAUUAUUAGCCCUUUAUCUCUAAAUAUCUGUUUCAUUUCAAUGAAUUUCUCGCGACGAUACGCCCAAUUUUUUUUUGUAUUCCAAGGAUCAACGAUCUUGAAAUUUCCCAAUUCUUCACCCUCUCCGGUUAACACCGCUAAUUAGAGAUCUCCCUGGCCAAUUGCAUCGCGGAGGGGGAACAUUUUAAAAGGAAGCACGAACAUAAAAAAAAAAAAAACGGACAGGAAUUCCAAAAAAAUCUCAACUAGUGAAAAAAAACGAAACGAAACGAAACGAACAAAUGAAAAUGAAAAUAAAAAUAAAAAUGAAUACUAAGGGUGCUGGGGCCAAUACUGUGUGCUUUCUGAGUGGUGAUACUAGCCCACGUGUCUGCGAGUGAGAAAGAGCCAGAAUAGUAAAACGAGAAGAAGGAGAAAAGAGAAGAAAAGAAACGAGGAGGAAUAACGAGUGUGUGUAUGUGUGUGUGAAAGAGAGAGAGAGAGAAAGAGAGAAACUUAUAGCACUUAUUUAGGUCCACGACGUGUCUGCCAUGUUCAGAGUGGUGGCUGUUCUCCAGUUCGAAGAGAAAACGUGUAUUUGCUCGGAACAGGAACGUUUCAGCUGUAAUUAUACGCGUUUUAAUCAAAGUUCCACUGCACUCGGGUAAAAAAAGAACGAGAGAGAGAGAGAGAGAGAGAGAGAAUUUUCCUGUUCGUGUGCGUGUAUGCGAACGCGUGUACACGAGUGUAAAAAUUUAAGAGUAACGAAGAGGCGGGGAAAUAACAAAGAAAGGAAAAUACCAACGUCUGAGAACAAUUGUUUCUUCUCUUUAUUAUCUACUGUCAUUGGACUGCGGAUUUUUCAUGCGUUUGCGGGAAAUUUGAAAAUGCAGUAUAUUUGGAUUUUCUACCUAGUUCCGAUUUUCUUAAAAAUCUCUGUUGAUUACACGUUGUUAUAUCGCAUUAUUAUUUGAAUUCGCAUAAAUGUCCGCGGUUAUGACGUUCAUCAUAAAUUGCGACAAAAUGCAAAUGGACUUGUCUCUUUUUCCGCGGUUUCUUCCGUCUGGUUUUCUUGAAGUUUUGGCCACAUCUUGGCUUUCACUCGUGACUCACCACCACCGAAAUAAGAACGAUCGGACGACGUUGGAUCGUAAGACGCGUCGAAAGCCAAUGUGACACUGUUCUGAGGUGGUUUAAAUUGAUUUUUGUGUCUUAACCCUCGAUUGGUAUCGUUGGGUUGCGGUCUCUUUCAUUUCGUUCAAAAUUAGAAAACCUCGAAGUUACGUGAAACCGUAAUUCAAGUAUUACAAUAUUAAUCCAAAGUGUAAUAUCGUUGUCUGUCGCUCAACAACAAUUAAUCAGGUGUUAAUGAAAUGAAUGAUUUUCAAUUUUAAGAAAGGUUUCAAAAGCGAUGAAAAUAAAUGAGGGUGGAUUGUGAGAAAGAUACAUUUCCUUUAGGUAAAUUUACUUGAAGGAUUGAAGUAGUCUCUCGUGGAAAGAAAGAAAUACAUCAGAGGAAAUUUUUGCACUUUGCGACUUGUUCAUGUGAAUUUUCGUUGAAUUGCCAAAGAGAACCACGACAUAUCGAGAUGAAUCGAGAGAAUUCGAGCAAGGGGAACUGUACGAAGCUGCUAGAGGUGGCGCUAGAUAAUCAAUUAGGUCAUCAACUUCCUACCAAAAGCAGAUCAACGAACAAAGUAAAAAAAAAAGAAAAAGAAAGAAAGAGAAAAUCUGAUACCAAAACAAAAGGAGAAAAAAAUUACUUUAAAAAGAAAGACGCUAGAGAGAGAGAGAAAUAAAAAAAGAAAAUAGAAUGCAGACUCUCGAGACGAGAUACAGAUAUUUUUCACCUGGAGUUAUUUUAAUUAACGGCCUGCCAAUUACUAUGCGAGCACAAACAGCAGAGGAUAAUGAUGAGAAGAGGGACAGCACUACGACCGCGCAAAUUUAGUCGAUUCGCAUAUACAUAACACUUGGACAGUCGGAUAUACAUACUAUAAAUACGAAUAUAAAUACGGAAUAUAAAUACUAUAAAUAUUAUACAUACGUUAUGUAUACAUAUAUAAAUAUAUAUAUAUAAAUAUAAAUAUAUAAAUACACGAGGACAAUUCGAUGUUGGCUAUAAAACUUGUAAACUAUUAGGUAGAUAAAAGAAUGAGAAUUUUCUCUACAAUUGGAGUGGGUUGCCAGUGUCUGGGCAGAUUUUUGUACUAAUUGAGGCAUUUCGACGCUUUUCUUGUCUUUGUCUAAGCCUAAUUUAUUGCAUAUUGCGUUGCAUGAUAUUUAUUAUUGUACCGUAGAUAGGUUAAAAAUUAUAACGUUGUUUAAUAACGUGGAACUUUCAAAAUUCUUUCUAUAGAAUUAUAGAUUUCGUUUUUGAAUUUUGUGAUAUCCCUGACUGUCAUGAUUUUGUGAUACAGUUUAGUUUGAUCGUGAUUUUGGAAAUUAAUUUUAGUCCAGCCCAGUUAAAUUGAAUCAAUUCUUACGUGUAAUGAAGAAUGUAAUUAGGAAUUAAUUUAAGAUUUAAGAUUUUGCCGAGAUUAUUGAUAUUGUAAAUUUUAAUUAACCUUAGAUGUAAUUUAAAAUUUUGUUUCUUACGUAAAACAAGCUUUAUCUGGGCACGAAAUAUCGAUAUAGUUCAUAAUCUAUACAAAAUACAGAAUUAUUUUAGUCUCGAUUAAUUUAUUACUCUAGUCAGUUCCAAGAUAGCAGCUUUUCAAUUGCCAGACAAUUUAGAGCUCUACAAAUUCUAUCCUCUCCCCGCGAUUGGAAACAACACUCUAAGUUUAGAGACAGAGUCGCGAAAAGCAUCGAGAUGUCUCGACAAACCAUGCCAACCUACCACCCCAAAUCGCUGUUGCUAAUAAUAUAAGACACUCGAAACUCCAAGGAAAUCGAUUGAAAGCUCACGGAACCAAAAGAGUUCGAACAUCAUCCCCCAUCACGUCUCUAGCUAGAAAAAGAAUCAAAAGAACACGGCUCGUUGUGUCAUUUUCAUCCUCGUAAUCGCCGGACGAACAUGGUGAGAAAGAGAGAGAGAGAAAGGAGAAACGAGAGAGAAGCGAAAAGGAAUUAAAGGUGGCGAGUUUUUCUGUAAAUAGUAGGUUUAACAAUUUUUUCACGUAGGGGGAACGAAGAUGGCAAAGAGAGAAAUUGAAGGAACUGCGAGAAAAGGGAAAAGGAAAGACUACGGACGAGAGAAAGGGAUCUGUAAAAAUAUAAGAAACGGAGGAGAAUGGAAAACAAUCGAGGGGACUCGUUUCGGACGAAUUCGGUUUUAUAUAGAAUGCGAGAGUGUAGAUUUCAGGGUAUUUAUAUCGAGGGUUAAAUAGUUCUAUACGAGGAAAAAAAAUAUUUAAAUAUAAAUGAUAUUAUAAAUAUUGAAUAUAAAAAUAUAAAUAUAAAUAUGGGAGAAUAUAUUAUAUAUUAUAUAUAUAUAUACUAUGUUUUUAUUGUUGUGAAGUUACUGAAACAAAUAAAUGGCCGACGAUCGCGGACUUCGUCGGCCGUCACGUGUUUCAUCGAAAUGAAUGGACAUUCCUCGAUCUGUCGUCGCUUCUAUAGCUUUGGUCCUUUCGUCGAGCGAAAGCUGAUCGUGGCACGAUUCUCUGUCCAACGUGAGAUCGAUACGAAUUAGAAAAAAAUUGGCGAGCGUGAUUUCUUCGAGUUGAAAAAACUGAAACUUGUUCGAAGAGUUUAUAGAAUUUGUACGAAAGAAAUUUUUACCUCUUCUCGAGUGAAAAGAAAAAAAAAAACAAAAAAGAAAACUCGUCUGAUCUACUAUCUGUCUGAUCUACUAUCUGAUCUUCUUUAGAGACUAAAUUGGCGACAAUUCGUCCACAAAUAUGGUUGGGAAAAGAGUUAUUCCUGUUAUCGAAGAACACAGAUUCGGAGUUUCUCAGAUUAGCGAGCGUUUGAGCUUUCAAGUGGUGCUCGGAACGGUUUCAUUUCACGAUUCGAAACUUUCGAGAGGAGAACAAAUCUCUGCUCGGUGUUUUAAUCGACAGUUUCGAGCCGUGUCGCCGUACGAAAAAAGGGAUUCGGAUGACUUGCCGCUUCGCUUCCAAUCUUUUAUUCAUUUUUUUCUUUUUCUUUUUUAUCAACAAUUCUGACAAUUUUUACAACGAAAUCAAUAUCUCAAUUGUUCUUUCUGAUGAUUUUCACUCAAUCUUUGUACAAAUUCUCGGUACAAGCGUUAAUAUUUCUUUUGAAGUCAGCUGGCAGUGUUUAAAGCGAGUUUCCUCCAAGAAAUUUCACAUCUCGUUUCACUAAUUCGUAUCGAAUUCUCGACUGCGACAGAAGUAACUCGAUGUUCCAGCGAAUAUUGUUUAAAAGUUUCGUUGGUCAACGCGCGCGAGAUUGCAUUAAUGAGAGAAAGGUGAUCACCGAAUGACAGAGAGAGAGAGAGAGAGAGAGAGAGAGAGAGAGAGAGAGAGAGAGAGAGAGAGAAGCACGUUCGAUGAAACGAUGGUUCUGUUCCGAGGCGAAUACCACCGGGAAUGUAUCCGCGUUCCUUUGAUGAUGUAAAAUAAUGUUUAUAUCGUAACGAUUCGGAUUCGAAAGACAGGUACUUACGGAGGUGCGUAGCGUGAAAACACGAUUUCCGCAGCGAACAAACCACGAUCCGGGCAAUUAAUUUUCAUGGUGAUAGGAUCAAAGAAUCGAGCAAUUUGAAAGGGGAAAGAAAGAAAUUCGUCUCUGCUAAACACUUGAGCCUGAACACAUAGCGAUCCCUUGAUUGACGAACGUUGUCUUCACGUCUCUCACGCUUCUUGAAAAAAGUCGCAGAAAUGGAGCAGAAUUUCAAUUGCACACGUCGAAGUAAAUCACGCAUGCACCUGUCAGACGCGAUGGAAGAAAAUUCAUGUUCCUUUCAAACGAAAUUGAAAGAGAAACUGCGAAAGGCAAACACGUGCUAUCGAUAUACAGACAGAAAGCGAGUUACUUUGUUAUUGAACUUUCAAAAUGCCAUUAGCUACCAUCUCACAGAAAAUUCAUCUCCUCGAUUAGAAGCAAAGAAAGGAAUCUUUCCCUAUCACCGGCAUGAAAAAAAUUCAACCAAUUUAAUGGGAUAAGUGAUCAUGUAAACAAACAACAACAAAAAAAGAAAAAAAAAAAAAAGAAAUGCACUGAAUUGAAGAUUUCAGUCCCUAUCCUAUUCAGUCGCGCGCACACGUUACUGCCUGUAGAACGAAACACAACGACUACUACCGUCUCUAGUCUUAGCGAUUUACAUGGUAAUUUCGAAUUUUUGUAAAUUGAAUGAAUUGAGCAAGAUGUACCCUCUGCAACACUCGAUCGAGAGCCACUGAGAACCGCUUGCGACUGCAAAUCACUGUCUACGGUCGCUAUGCACACGUAAAUCAGUGAUUACAGAUGAGUGACUAGCGUAACAGUGACCUGUCGCUAGUCACUAUACUAUAGCAGCGACUAUAAUCACUGCAAUAUUGUAAAAUGAAGUGUAGUAGUUGCUAUAGUCGCUGCAGUGCAGUAUACUUCGGCUAGUUUCAUAGCUGGAAUAUAUUGCAAUGGUUACUACAAUCACUAAAACAUUAGGAAGUAUACUGUAAUAGUUGCCAUACUCGCUGUAAUAGAUUAUAGUAGCUGGGAUACAGUAUAAUGGCUACUACAAUCGUUGCAAUAGCGUAGUAGCUAGUAUAAUUACUACUGUGCAAUGUAAUGGCUACUAUAAUCGCUACGGCAGUGUAUAAUGACUACUGCGAUAAUGUAGUGGCUGCUAUAAUCAUUACAGUACACUAUAGUGACUACUGUGAUCGCUGUAGAAACAGUAUUAUGGUUAGCACAGAGUAGGACUUUAUUUAUCUGAAUUUUUUUAGUUCUAAAUUGAGAAACGAGUGAUGCGAAAACGUGAUCAUCGUGGAUUCAGAUAAAUAGAAUUCUAUUAUAAAACAUAAUAGCUGUUGAUGCAGUAUUGACUAUACUGCACUAUAGUGAUUAUCGUGACGACCAUAGUACAGUGUGGUGACUACUACUAAUCGCCAUAGCGACUAUAAUCAGUGACUAUAAACAUCUCUCUACUCAAAGUCAAAUGACCUCUACUUUAAAUCCCUCUAAGCCUGCUAUUUCGUCGAUCUCUGCAAUCAUCUCCAAAAAAAAAAAAAAAAUGAUUCGAAAUCUAAUCUGAAAACGACUGAAGAAAUACACGGGAAAAAAGAAAAGAGAAAUCGACGAAAUUCCUUCGAAACUUGAAAAAAAAAAGAAACGUGAAAUUCAUUGAAACCGGAAAUUUAUGCGAAAGGGGCUGGAUUUUUUGAGAUCUCGAUCGAGGCUGCAACCAUCUCGAUAUACCCACGUACUAACCACGCUAGGAUUAAGGAUAGCCACGUGUAAAGGAUGCCUGAUACGUUUUUUUACCGAACGAAAAAGAUGAGAGAGAGAGAGAGAGAGAGAGAAAAGUGAAACAGAUACAGAGAUAUCGGCUUCAUCUCUCGAACCAGGUUAGGGAUUAGGCGUGAGAAAAGCGGGUGGAUCCUCACCCUCAGCUGAACUGUCUAACGCGUAACUAAGGGAGGAGAGCGAGAGGAGAUGAGAGAGUUUUGCGCGCCUCGUAUUUUCGGGAACGAAGAGUAUCCCGACGAUUCGAAAUGUCGCGCUUUCGCCGCGCAGGCCACGCGAAUCUCCGCGCGACCAAUGGCGUCUCCGCUGUUGGAUCGAUGAACGGAGGACGCGGGAAUGAUACACUGACACACUGACACACACGUACACCAACUAUUACGACGACACUUAUUAAUGUAAAUGGUUUUUCAUUACUAUAUUAUAGAUGUUACUUAAUAAUAUAUUUACAAAUAAUUAAGCGAGA